AUGACCAACCCUGUCGUCUUCUUCGAUAUCGCCCUUGGGGGGGAGUCCCUCGGCCGGGUCAAAAUGGAAUUGUUCGCCGAUAUCACCCCACGAACCGCGGAGAAUUUCCGCCAAUUCUGCACGGGGGAGACGAAAGGCCCCAAGGGACAACCUCAAGGCUACAAGGGAAGCAAAUUCCAUCGAGUGAUCAAGGAUUUUAUGAUCCAAGGUGGUGAUUUCAUCAAUGGUGAUGGGACUGGAUCCUGUACCAUCUAUGGCACAUCUCAAUUUGCCGAUGAAAACUUCACUCUGUCUCACGAUCGCCCAGGGCUGUUGAGCAUGGCAAACUCUGGCCCGAACACCAAUGGCUGUCAAUUCUUCAUUACUACCACCACUACCCCGUUCUUGAAUAACAAGCAUGUGGUCUUUGGUCAGGUUAUUGAUGGCAUGGACAUCGUCAAAAUGCUAGAACACACUCGCACCACGAAAGACAAGCCGAAUCAGGAUGUCACCAUCGUGCAAUGCGGAGAAAUGUGA